UUUUAUAAAAGACACGUGUUGUAAUGUGAUUGUGCGACAGUUGGAUUUUAAAAGUGACAUCGGGAAGAUCCUUUUGUGCAAUGCAAUAUAGGGAUAUCCUUUGAAAAAGGACACAGAAGCGGUGCAAAAUGCUGAAGUGGGCAGUAUACAAAAAGAAUCAGGAUGGUCAAACGAUUAUCCCGCAAACAGAAGUUGAAGACAGUAAUUCAAAUAAACGUUACAAUGAAAGAGCUCGUAGAUCGUUAGAUGCGCAAGUGGUCAAGAAAAGCAAGAAACCAAGUCGAUAUCAAAGGCGUUCUAUGGGAGCAACUGGCAGAAAAAAUAAUAACAAUGGUAUAGAUAAAGAAAAUAUAAAUUGUAUUGGCAAUACUCCUAAUUACUAUAAACCAGGAUUCAUUAAGAAUACUGAAAAUAUCGCCUUGAAAGAUGUUAGCAAUAUAACGCCUACUUCUGUUACUCCUGUAAAAAAAUUUGGUAAAAACAAAUUUUAUGCGGAUAACGAAAAAGAUGAACUAUCACCUAAAUUACCACCGACUCCUCCGUCAUACAGUAGAAGAGUUAGAGAAGCAAAGAAGAGAAAAUUAGAAAUGAGUAGCUUAAACAAUAGCGAAACUUUUACUAGAAACCUUUGCGCGUAUAAAUCUGAAAGAAGAAUAAAUAAUGUUGACAGAAGUCUUUUAUGUUCACAAAAACUAAGUCAUAGUACUUCUGAGCCAUCUUUAAACGAUCUCUCGGACAGACUUAGUGCAACAACGACCAGUAGUAGAAAUUCACUUAAUAUGGAAAAGUAUACAAGAAAAAAUAAACCUAUAUGUACAAUUAAAACCACAAAUCAGGACAUUGUUGAAAUAGAAUACGAUAAAGAUCUAGUUAUAAACUGUUUAGAAAAACCAUUAGUCAUCGAUAAACAUGAAAUAGAGAAAUCUACGUUGCCCAUAUUUGGUCACAGUAUAUUUAUGGACAAUCCUGUUUAUUUAAAAAAGAAUGAAGAUUUGCCAAUUAGUAUAAGACCUUUGAAAAGAACGAGGAAAAAAUCAAGUGACUUUGAAAGUUCCUUUAAAUCGCCAUGCGGGGAUAAAAAAGAUACACAUUCUCUUGUUAGAGACGGAUGUUCGCCAAUAUCGAUGACACCGUUGUCCGUAAAAUUAGAAGCACUAAGAUUUAGUGCAAUGAGUACACAUGAAAUUAAUUUAACUAAAAGGGCUACUCCUGUAAGUGAGGUAACUCAAUACUUUCCUAAAAUUGAGAAUCCUUUCAACUUAAUCUUAAAAGAUGAAGAAACCUCCACAGAGAUGGAAAAUAAAUUUAUAUUAGGAAAAGAUUCGUUGACAAAUGCGUCUGAGUCUACGGUGUCGACUACUCAAAUGGGUGAUGUAACGCUCGAGAGAAUGAUAGAAGACAUCAUAAAAAGUACAAAAAUUAUCAAAUCUAAACGACGAAUACUAAAAAAUAUUCCUGAUCCAAAAUUGACUGUGGAAGAAGAAAGACCUCCUUUAGACACUGUCAAAGAUUUGUUUGUAAGACCUCAAACCGAGCACAAAUCAAAUUUAAUUAAAGAGGCGAAGUACGUAAAUUUAUCUCGAGAGAGUUCGGUAUCGCCUAAAAAUAGCCCAACAAAGAAGAUGUUGCCUGUUCAUAAAGUCAAUGAUAAGUUACUAAAAAACGUCCCGAUAGGUUGUUUUCUAUUAGACGAUGGAGAUGGUUACAACGAAAGAGAAGUUCGUACACCUAGCAAACUAGAUGAUGAAAUAGAAAUAGAACAAGAUAGGAAUGUAAAUAAACCAUUAAACAGAUCAUAUUCUUUAAGUGCCUGUAGUAGUAGAAGUAACUUGAAUUACACAUUAUCAGAAUCUACACCUGAUUUAUUUACUUCAAAUGCGAAUGUCCGAUUAAGAAGACAGAGAUGUAUACGUAAAAAGAAAACUGCAAAAAGCAAUGAAAGUCUGUGUAAACAACAACAAAUGGAUCGAAACUCCCCUAAACCUUCAUUACUGCGUACUCUGGAAAUGGGCAUACCUAGCCCCGCAUUAGAAUUGCAAAAUGUAUCGUUAUGUGAACCUCUUAAUUCCCCUUUCCUGUUUCACCAACCCAACGUAUACGAAAAUGAAAAUAUGCAUAAUACAUCCAUUUUGACAAAUGUUUCGCACAGCAGUUUAAUGUCUUAUAAACCAAUUCAACAAAAUAUAAGAUCUAGAGAAUUAUUUGGUUUAACUUUGGAAAAUGGUAUACCUAGCCCUAUAACACCAGCUAUGGGUGUUAAACGACAAAGCAAUGUUCUCAGUGAAGAAAGGGCGAGUAAAACUAGCAAAUUAGAUGAAGACAUAAUAACUAACGAUGCAUUAACUCCUGUAUUAGAAUAUAAGUCUACAAGACGAUGUCUGACGUAUUCUCUUGAGGAAAGUAGUAUUAAUAGCAGUGAAGAAAAACGGAGAAGCGUAGCUAGUAACCGCUUAGAGCGUAGUACUGAUAGAUUUCAGACAUUAAAAGCAACGAUAGAUCUAGAAAUUAAAACUAGACAAGACACAAUAGAUGUUCACGUUAUUCGAUGUCGAGAUCUUCAACGACCAUCAGGACAAACGGAAGACAUUAAUGCUUAUGCUAAGGUCGUCAUAACUGAUGUGAAUGAGAGCCAGUCGCUACCAUCUCAGAGGUCAAUAUUCCAGCGCACCUCGGUUCUGUACGGGAAACGAGAGCCGGAGUUCCAACGGCAUCUGAAGCUACCUUUACCGAUUGCUGUGUACGAUUACCAGAUGCUGCACGUCUCUGUCUGGCACCGUGACAAGAAAUACAGGCGGAGCGAGUUUCUAGGAUGCGUCUCGUUCCCGUUAAAAGAUGCGAUUAAGAGCGACGUCAACGGCACGUAUUUCUUACAGUCGGGGCGGCAAGGUGCGCCUGACAGAUGCGCUAGGGACCGCGUGACCGACGAUCGCCGCAACAUGGCCACCGAUAAUACAGAGACAAGCACCAGUGAAGGUGCUAAAGAGAACCAAGAAAAAGCAGUGGCAGCGAAUGGUCCGGCAUCAGCGUCCGGCAGUCAAGCACAGGCGGUAGCUGCGGCACUGCAAAGGGAGGCGGACGAGCACCUCUUUCUGAGAUAUCUCGAACUGGACCCACCUGAAGACCCGUCAGCGCCGCGCCGAGCGCAGAGGAACGGGAGGACUCCAUUCACAACUACGAGGAAACUGGUUCGCGGUACUGGUGGUGGAUUCGGCUUCACUGUGGUCUGGACCAGACCACCUCGAGUGGAGCGCGUGGCGGCAGGUGGCGCUGCGGAGCGCGCUGGCCUCAGAGCCGGAGACUACAUCGUUUUUGUUGGCAACAAGAACGUCGUCACUGCUAAUGAAGAGGACGUACGGAACCUUGUCAAAUCAGCGGGUCAAACGUUAACACUAGAAACGUUCAGAAGAGUGCCACAGAAUGGCGUGGGCAUCCGUCGGAUGGCCCAGGUGUCGAUACCACCGCCGGAGUCGACGCCCCCCGCGCCCCGCUCGCCCCGCGCCGUGGCAAUGACGUCCCCCGCGCCCGCGCGACCUCCUACCGCUUGCUCAUCCACCAGCCAGUCCCUUGAUAGACGCAAAUUGCAUCUGCCGCAAGUUACCUUCUCCAAGGAGACACCAGGGGCAUCAACUGACGGCAGAAAGCGCGCGCUCCUCGCUGUGGUAGCGCGGGAGCAGCAUUACGCGACAUGCCUACAGUUUGGUCUGGUGAGGUUCGUCUCACCUCUUGCCGAGAGGGCCGACCUUAUCGCCCCUAGUGAUCAUCAGCUGUUAUUUCAAAAUAUUGAAGAGAUCUUCAGGUUAUCUGAAGAUAUCCUCGACCAAGUGGUGCAAGAUGACGGAGAGAUACAGACAUCGACGGUUGUCGCGGUGUAUUUACAAAAGACCCCUGUGUUCCUUAGUCUUUAUAAGAAAUAUUGUUUAGGACUUAAACGAGCUGAUUGUGUAUUGGUAAAAAAAUCAAAAGACCCAAGUGGGGCGUUUUCUCGUUUCUGCACAAGUCCUCCAAUACCAAGGAGAAGACCUGACAUCACGUCAUUAGUGCACAAGCCACUGGAGCAGUUUAGAGAAUUAUUGAGACUCAUGCGCACCGCCGCCAUUUCUAAUGGUGCUGGCCCUUAUGAUCAGCUGGAAAAAAAACAGUUGCAAAUCAUCGUUGAACAGUUGCAGGGUAGUUAUCAAGAUGUUACCGCUGGUUCCGGGUUGAUGGGAUUAGCUGGUGAUGGCAAACCUUUGCUGUCUGUUGCUGAUCUGGAGAGUAGACUGGUGUUCACUAGGUGUAAGCCCUUCGUGUUAAGCACUGCGGGUAGGCAGUGGAUAUUCGGUGGCGAGCUGUCUCGGGUAGAAGGUAGAGCGGUUAGACCGUACUGGGCGCUCCUGUUCAGCGAUCUUCUUCUAUUCGCCACCGUGUCAAGAGACCGAGUGCUAUUUGUCACCGAAGAGCCGGUUUCACUAGGAUCGGUAUCGGAAGCUCAAUUUAAUAUCAGGAAAAAAGCGACGGAAUUCCGGCUCAUACUUGGCCGUGCGGGCGGAGAAAGUCCGUUGGUGUCCUGCGCUCCCAGAACGCCCGGGAGAUCCCGUCCUAUUGUUUUACGUGCGCCAUCCAUAGACUUGAAAGCUGUCUGGCAAAGUCUACUUCAAAGGCAAAUUUAUCGAGCACACACAAUGUCCGGGACGCCACUCGGAUCACCGUUGGAUUCACCAGACCCACAGCUCACCUUCUCGCUGGCUACCCUGGACUCGCAACAACGCCAGCAAACAAGACGUAGUUCUGCUGAAACUCAAACGGGUGCACAUGGCAGUGCCGUGGACGGGGCUAGAAGUACCCGUAGUAGAGGAUCUACACUCCAUUUGCAAAGAUGGAUGACGCAACUCCCUGAAGCAGAGGAAUUAGACCCACCAGAACCUGAUAUGGAGAUGUGGAGCAUAGAAGAACUAAGGAAGAGAUCCAAAGAAUUGAAUCUACUAGAAGUAGCUGAUAUUGUAGCAAAGAAUGACGAAACGAAAGAAUCAUCGCCAGAAAAGAAGGAAAAUGACAGAAGUCCUUCAAAAAGUAGUAAUUCUGACAGCCAAAUAACAGUGCGAACUAGUCCCGUAGUGGUUGAUACGAUACCUGUAUGUAGACAGUGCCACAAAAAAUGUCUAUCGAAACCAAAUAGUCCGUUAGUAUCACAAAAAGAACCACCUGUUACACCUAAGCCCAAAAAUGAAACGUCACCGCAAACAUCAGCUUCAAAUAAAAGCACUACUAGCAGUUGUAGUGCUAACUGUGAUAAUCGAAAACAAAAAUUUUUCUGCCAUUUAGAACGUAAAGGUGCAAUUAAAAUACGCCCUGAAGACGCUCCGAAAGCUGCCCUAAAAGUAAUUGACUCAAUUGAACAAAGCCAAAAGAUGCUAAAAUCAACUUCGUAUGACUUGAACACUGAUUCAGCAAUAUUAAAUAGUGGUAUGACACGAAGUCGCACAAAAAGUCGUUUGGAGCUUAGAAAAGACAAUUCAAUUAUGUCACCUAGCCCUACUUCUAGCAGUAGAAAUAGUCCCCUUUCAACUAGUCAUACGACUUGUAGUUCUAUGGUUUUUAAUUCUAGUUCUAAUGACUUAAGAAUUUCUAAUUCAAAUAUAACUAAUCAAGUUCAGUGUGUUAUCGCUCAAGAGAAGUAUAUCAAUGAAGUGAAAUGUGUUGAAAGUAUUACGUUAAGUAAACCUCGAUCAUCUUUAUCGAAUUAUUCGUCUCCAGCGUCAGCAAAGAAGGAACAAAUAACAAGACAAAAAGCGGAAAAUGUACUCAAUAAAGUAUUAGGAAUGAACAUUAUAACAAAACAUGAAAAUGUUGGGACACGUUUAAAAACUUCUUCAGUGUUCUUAGAUGACGAUUCACUGCACGAAGAUGAUAACGAUUUUAAAAUAGGACGUGGAAUGCGAAGAUCGCCCAGAAUGGGAAUAGCGGCUGUUAGUAAAAUGAAUGGAGAUAUAAGUAAAAAGACUGAUAUAAUUGAUGAUGUUAAUGAUAACGUAAACGCAAAUGAUACGUUGUCAGAUGAAGAAUUAGAAUUGGGACCACUUAUGUUAAUGGGUCUAUCUGCGAUUAACCCUGCUGCUCAUCUCAUGCGUGUGGAGCCUUUUAAAAGAAGUUCUGAUGUUAGCCUCAACAAUAUACAUUCGAGACCGGCCAGCCUUUGUUCUGUGAAGUCUGAAUCACCCGUGCCUAAUAUUGCUAUAGUUCCACCCACACCUGAUUACAAUUCAACAAAUAAGACUGAUGGUAUUUUAGAUGAUUCUCCUGAAUCACCCGAUGUUCCAGAAGACCUACCCUACGUUUCAUUGAAAAGGUAUGGUACAAUGUCAAGCCUCGAGAGACUACCGUCUGAUGAGACGGAUGAUGGUAACGUAAGACUGACAACACAAGAGCCUGAGCCGAAAAUGCACAAUUCAGCAACAAAUACGGUAGCAACUAGUACCGCUGGCGGUAUUAUGGGAUGGACGGCAAGAGCUGGUUCAUUUGUUGUUGAAAAAAUGAACAUUUUUAGUUACACUGAAAGUGUUCCAAAUACUUCAAUAGCUCAUAAGCAACCUUCUUUCCUGGAAAGAUGUUUGGGAGUAAGUGAUUGGAAGUCAACGUUAGGAACUGAGGAAGGUACCACUGAGACUGGUGAAGGUAGUGGUGCGAGCGGUGAAGAAGCGUGGGGAACACCAUCCUCUGGAGACCUAUCAGACAAUCUCCCCGAUUCUGAUCAUGGGACACUUUCGUCAUCAACUAAGUCAUCAUCAUCGUACGCCGGUGACGAUGACACUGAGCUUAUGAUGGACGAACUGUUGAUGGCACCCACACUAACUGGCCCAACGACUUUAAGACCCUUAUUACCCAGGGAUGUUUUUAGGAGAAGACUGGAGCCUUUACUAGAAGAAGAAUGUUCAGACAGUGAGAGUGAAGAUAACAAGCCUACCCCUACCAAUUCUGAUGACCAGGGCAGCGGGCGUGGCCUCGGUGCUGACGACUGCUGCGACGCGCCGCGCCUGCCGUCCUCUGCUUCCGGCCAAGCAGAGGACGGGGGUGCGGGCGACGCACGGGAUGCUGGAAGGGCGGCCGGUGGUGCCGUCGCGUCAGAGCUGAGCCCAGAGCGGACGCCAACCAACGAAGCGCCCUUGAUGCCCUUACAAUCUGUUUCAAAAGAAUGUGCGGAACGAGCCGGUGCUGGUGUUGGCGGUCGUCGGGGCUCAGCCAGCUCGGCCAGCACGCCCUCCACACUCGAGCGUACCACGAUACACAAUCCCACGCUGACCCCACUACAUCAGCUGUCACCAGCUUCGGAGCCCCCCUCAGUCCCGGAGCCGAGCCCGCCGGAGACCAGGCCGCGGUCGCCGGAGGAACGACUCAGUCCUCGCGCCGAGAUGCGCUUGGCACUGGACCAGGGCAAGGACAUGCUGGCAGAACAGGAGCAGGGUGGCGUGUCCGACCCCUGGUCGUUUCGCGUGGCGUGCCAACGGUCGCUGCUGCGACGAGUGGCGAGCGCCGACGCGGUGACUCUGUGCCGCGCGAAUCCACGCCGCACCGUCCCGCAUACUACUUCGCGCAGUUCUGUAUAUGCUUGGAAGCUUCCAGAAAACGAGAAACUUAUGGAGAUGGAGCAACUGGCACGAGCGGAAGCUCAGACGAUGCGUUCGCGGACGCGCUCUCAAUGCCAGAACGGGAAGAUAUUGGGUUUCCUCCGGCGCCGAGCGUCAUCCGAUAGCCCCCGCCGCGAGCCGUUCAUGCCAGGAGGCGAGCGGCCCUUCUCUCCCCGGCGCACCACCGAGAAGCACAUGGACAAACGAUUCUGGAAGCAGGUGAACAGAAGACGACAGUCUCUCGGUUCUAUCAGUCAAAUAUAAAUAUAUAGUGAAGUGUUAAACUGUAACAAAUUAAGACAUCUUAGAUGAAUAACGUAAACUAGCAAAUACUGUGUCAUGGACAAUUAGUGUGAAGUUAGAAGUGCGGACGUAUUUUAUGGCUUUGGUUGAAAUUGUGUGUUAAAAAAAAUGAGGAUACAAUA